CUGAAAUCAAUUGAAUUGUAUAUAGUAUCAAGAUCUAAACCAUAGAAACCAUGAAAGUCCCAAAACUUCAAUUAAAAGUAUAUUUCAUUCCAAAGACCACAUCUGAUUCAGGACUGUUGCAACAAACCUUGAGGCAGCUCUCUCAGUGAACAGGAGGCUGAAUAAAAAGAGAAAAUUGGUAGAAAUAAUUUUUUACUUGCAUGCAAUUCUUUCCUCUUUAUCUUAUCCCCACAUGUAUACAUUCAUGCCAUGGAUAUACAGAGCGGGCCUUAGUAACUACCUAUACUUAUGCUCUAUUCCUGAUCAUCAGCGAGGAAAUUGCACUGACGAACCAAGAGAGGUCCUCCUCCGCGUCUAUGGUGAGAUUUUCUUUGAGGGAGAGACGCCGCUUCUGGACACCGUGAUCUUUUCGUUGCUGUCGGAGAGGAGACAGGCGCCCAAGCUGUACGGGGUUUUCAGCGAGGGACGACUUGAAGAGUUCAUUCCUUCACGUGCCUUGAGGACGGAUGAGCUAUCAGACCCAGAACUCUCAACAAUCAUCGCUGGCAAGUUAGCUGGAUUUCAUCAGCUUCAGCUCCCGCUCUGUAAAGUACCAAGAUGGCUCGAUACCAUGCUAGACAAAUGGUUCAACAAAGCCUUAGGGCUGACUUUCGAAGAUGACAUUAAUCAACAAUUCAUGAAACAGAUCUUGGCCUUUGACCUUGAAUCAGAGAGAAGGUUUAUCAAGAGACUGGUAUCACAGACUAAAAGCCCUGUCGUCUUCUGUCAUAAUGACUGCCAAGAAGGAAACAUACUUCUUACCAGCGGGGAAAACUCCAAUGAGAAGAAUCUGAUCUUGAUUGACUAUGAAUAUUCCAGUUAUAAUUUCAGGGAAUUUGAUUUAGCGAAUCACUUUGUGGAGUGGUCCAUGAAUUACUGCAUCAAGGAGGCACCCUACUAUUCCCUGAUACCGGAGGAUUUUCCCUCUAGAGGGCAGCAGCUCACCUUCAUCAGAGCUUACAUUGCAGCCAGCCGUCAGAUGGGCAUGUACCAGCCAAGUUGCCAUGGUGAUUCGGCGGAUGAAGAAGAAGCUAUUCUGCAGGAAGUGAAAAGAUUCUGUCCUGUCAGUCAUUUCUUAUGGGCUCUAUGGUCUAUCGUACAAGCCAAGAUAUCUCACACAACCUUUGGAUACAUGGAAUAUGCUGUCGCAAGGUUCAAGGAAUAUUUCCGUCAUAAGGCCUUAAUUCCAGUGGACAUGUUGCCUUCUACUGCUGACCAGAGAAGCCAGGAAAGAGAUGAAAGUGCCUCAAUCCAUCCAAUGGAACAGAGACAAGCUAUCUUGACCUGAACUUUGACCUUUGACCUCUCAUCAUGGAUCAAAUCGGCUUGGGAGAAUGGAACAGUAAUGAUGAAGAUUAAGAAACAAUGGUGAUAUAAAUGCUGCAGUUCCUUAAUAGCAGUUAUGCCAAAUAACCUGUUGGAGUGGGUGGGUAGUCUCAUCGAGCGGAUGUAAGUGAGGGAGUAUAUUACGAGAAUGUGCGGUGCUGUCAGAGUGCCAAACGGACAUGUAAGCCCUACACAAAGCCACAUUCCUUAUAGUUGUUGAAAACAAUGAUCAGGAGCAUCUAAAAAAAUUUAAGACAAUCUUUAUUUUAAACCACUUGUUUUUGAAAUUUAUGUAAUAUUCUGCAAUAUAAAGGUGAUUACCUUUCACUCCAUGCCUGCAGUGAUAUUAAGGGUCCGUAUGGAUGCUUAUUGACUAUUGUCGUCAUUAUCACAGCAAUUAAAAAUAACCGAUUAGCUUAAAAAUCUUAGCUCGUUCUUGUCUGACCUGAAGGUUUACAAUUAUGAUUACAGUAUUAGCAGUUAAAGAAAAAUUAUUUUUAGAUCCUGAAUGAAGAUUAGCAUCCCUUAACGCUCUGCACAUUUUCGUUCUUUGCAGACUUUAGCUUACACUUCGAUGGAGAGCAUCACAAAACCAUUGUCCCCUUUUAAAUUACUAUAUAUUGUAUUUUAUCAACUCAUUUUCUUACUUUAAUAAAUGUGUAUUAUAUACAUUAUUCAGCUUGCCUUCAUAGAUGGGGGAUAAGAUAUCAUAUCUAUCUUCUAUCGAUCAAUGCAUGUAUUAUGUAAUUCUAAUUCACAACAUUGCAGUUGAGGUAAAUGAUACUAAUUAUACAAUAUAAAAUAUGAAAAUAAGCGGGUAGAUCUGAUAGCUUGAUAAUUUACAAGGAAUGAUUCAUGGUAGAGUUUAUUAAACAAAAUGAAAUGGGGAAAGUAAUAAUUGGAGAGUGGAUACUAAAAUGUGUUAUCACACAAUUACGGCGUUGAAAUGUAUUUGCAAUGGAAAGAUAGUAUCACCUUUACUUGGACCAUUUUCUACAACUCUUGUUUCACUACCUUUCAAUCGCACAGCAUUCCAUUCAUGUUUUUUUUGCAUUGAUAUAAAAUAAACUGGAUAGAGCUCGUCUCAUGCUGGCAACGCAAGACCUUGAAGUUACAGGACACAACAGUAUAUGGGACCAUACUAACAUGUAUUAAGAAACAACAUGCACUCGCAAGAGAAAAUAGUGAGGAACUUUGUGUGCACUUUAGACCUUUCAGAGUACCUUUGUUUCUGGUGGCCUCAAAAGAGUGUUGUUGCUCUAUCCCUUAUCAGUGGUUUCUUACUACCAAAUGGACUAUGGCAAGCCAAAAUUUGUUUUCUCGAGCCAUUAUAUUUGUUUUCACUACAUUUAUAUGGUGAUGCUUGUUUCAUGCAAAAGUCUGAAUCCAUGCCCUAGUAACACAAAGUUUAGCAAUGAUUGUAGAACAAAUUUUUACGAUUGAUUACAUUGACUGCGGUGUACAAGCAAUUGUUAACAUCAAUCUUACCAUCAAACUUACAAUUGAUUUUACAAUCAGUCUUACAACAAUCGCCUAGCUUUGUGUUACAGGGGACCUAGUAUUCUAUUCUCAGUCAGUGUUUCAAGUUUCAGUUAAUUGAUCAUGUGAUAUCAUAUGUAUGCAGAAACCUGCAUUUUUAUACAGUAUGAUCAAAUGAAAAGUUAUGUAUCAAUUCUGAGCCAGAGAAAAUGAUAUUUCUCAAUGUUUCAACUCAUCCAGUUCAACUGGCAGUUGAGUGUAUAUGUCUACAACAGGUUUCAACUAUAUUCCGUACCACUUUGCCAUUUACAAACAAACCAAACCAAACCAAACCAAACCUAAUGUACAUGUCUCACAUUUCAUUGUUCAACAUAUAUGUUGCGGACAUCUUAUCAAUUGUUUGUAUGCUGGUACAGGUCUGUAUUCUGUUGUAUAUUUCAUGUGUAAUCUGCUGUGAAGGAAUGCUCCUUCCUAUAAUCUGCAAUAUAAGAAUACCUGGUGCGUGUUUCAUAAAGCUGUUCGAAAGUUAAGAGCGACUUUCAGAACGACUGGUGAUCCUUUCUUACGCGCUAAAUAAUCACCAAUGAACAUUUGAUGGUGAAUAUCAUUUACCACAAGAUAGUAUCACCAGUUCUUAAAAUCGCUCUUAACUUACGAACAGCUUUAUGAAACGGCCUCCAGGAUUGCUUGUCAAUUCUAUUCUGUUAUGUGCCCUUGACUUGGAUUGUAAUUGUACUGGUGGGUGGGUGACAUUAUGCAAGACAGCUGACUCUUUACUGUCCUUAUGGAGUGCUGCAAAAAACUUGCGAUCACUUGCAAGUCCAUUAUCGGUCCCUAAAUCAAUUAUAACUUUUGAAAUUGAUUGCAAAUUUGCGUUUGAUUGCUAAUCUGCUUCUUGAAACAAGGAGUGCAAUUGAUUUACUCUAGCUCAAAUUAAUAUAUCAAUUGUAAAAUUGCAACAGAAUAUCUGCAAUCAAUUGCAAAUUUUUUCUUGCAACACUCCCUAAGUCAUAUAUCCCUAUGAAGCCGACUUGGCACCUAAGAACAUCUUCCAGUUGUGCGUAAAGUCGUUUGUAACGUUCCAAACAGCUUAUCAAAUGCCCACCUACAUGUAGUGUAUUAACAGUAGAAAUUCGUAAUUUGUUUUUUAUCAAUGAUUGUCAAUUAAACAAUACAGUAUCAUGGUGCAGGGAUCAAUAGUGCAAUGACCUAUGUUUUGAAGCUGGGCCCCGUUGCAGAAAAAUUACUAUUAUAGUAACUUUGUCAUCCAGUGGUAACUACCAUGGUAACGCUGAUCAACAGCCAAUCAAAAUCAAGGAUCCCAGACAAGUUGCAAUUGGAUGGCAAAGUUACCACAAUGGCAAACUUUUAUGCAACGAGGGCCUGGUAUGUUUACAAUGUAUUAUCAGCAAAAAGCUUCACAUUUAAUACUUAAUGAUUGUUUAUAAUUGACUGGUUCGUAGUUAGCCCAUGCCCCAAUGUCCUUAAAUUACCUCUAGUAUCCAUCUAAGGCGCUGUAGCUCAGUAAGAGCGGAGGUUUCUGAUUCCAGUGACCUGGGUUUGAUUCCCACUUGGUGCGCUAGUGCCCAUGAAAAAGCAUUAAUCCUCAUUACCAAGUCCCUCGCAGAGGACCUCAAGCCAUCAGUCAGUGCUUUCUUAGCAAUCAGGUUAAAAAUCACCACCAAAACAUGCAGCAGUCUUUAUGUACAUAAAGAUAUGGCACUCAUAAAGUAUUAAAGAGUAUUAUGGUAGUUUAGCUAGUUUAUGUUGUAUAAUAUAAAAUGCUUAGACAUUUUGUUAAUUAGGCAGUAUUAUUAUCUCAAAGACACAACCGCUCUUCAAAUAUGGAAUUAUUGUAAAAGCUUAAGCUAAAGUAUGUAAGCACUUUUUGAAACGGUAGCCUUUAGCCCAAUCAGCCUACGCAAUUUUUGUUUAUUUAGUAGGGUUUUUAGUUACAUGUAGUACGUUUAAUGAUGCUGGAAUUUAUGUAAAUUAGACUGUGAUACGAUCCUGUGUUGUGCCGGCUUACAAGGUCGGUCCCCUCUCUCCCAUGAGAAUAAAAAAUAAAGACAUAAUUUAUUUUUUUCAUAAAGAAUUAAUUAUUAUCAUCAUAAUUAUGAAAAUUAAAAAAAUAAAUAAAUGAAAAAAAGUAAAUAAAUAGGUGUGCACCCCCACUAGGAUGUGCCUCUGGGUAGCCCUUUUGUUUAGCUUUCAAUAAUAAAUUGCCAUACUUUGUCCAUUGGGAAGUACAUGACACAACAUGUAUGAAUGUGAUGUUGACAUUUUUAGUAGCUUUUAAACAGUUACUUGAACUUGUAUUCAUGACAAGUGUGGUUAAAAUGGUUUAGUUAUUGCAUGAGCUUUGUACAUUCCUUUACAUGUGUUAAUCUUGCUUAUAAUCAAUAUCAGUAUUAUGAUACAGAGUAAACUGCACGGAAGCGACAUCACAUCUAGACGAUAGUGCAUCUUAUACCUCGGUCAUAUUUUCUCUACGGCGGCUGUACGGCGAGUCGAAAACAACCGUUAUAACAUUUCUUGUACCAGCUACAUAGGUGGUUUGAAUAAAACGGCGGUUUUCGACUCGCUGUACGGCCGCCGUAGAGAAAAUAUGACCGAGGUAUAAGUGUUGUCUGGAUUACCCCUUUCUGAGAUUCUGAGAGAUGAUCUUAUUCUCUGCCGUGGACAGUGGGUGUUUCAUGAAACUGCUUUUAAAGUUAUGAACGACUUGUGUAUGGCAAGCCAUGUGUGGUUCUCGAUCAUUAAGUUAAUAAUGGCCAAGUACCAUAACUUGGGACCACAGAGGUCUGUUUGACGUCAGAAAUUUGACUCAGAAGAGGUAAAAGACACAUAUUUAUGUGUAAGGUACAUGUAUUGUAUCUCUUUCG